AUGGCUUUCGACGCCCGUUUCCCUGCGGCCGCCGACCUCACGGCGCCGCCGCUGCUUGCCGGCCUCGUGCUCUUUGGCCUGGUCGUCUGGAUUGCCCGCUCGCUGCUCAGCUCCGCCCCCAGCAAGCUGCCGCUGCCACCCGGUCCGCCCAAGCUGCCCAUCAUCGGCAAUCUGCACCAGGCCCCCCGAGACCAGGCCUGGGAGGUCUACAAGACCUGGAGCGACAAGUAUGGCCCGAUCAUGUCGGUGAACAACGGCGGAGUCAUCUCCAUCAUCGUCACAUCCCACGACAUCGUGAAGAAUUUCCUCGAGAAGCACAACGCCGUCUUCAGCUCGCGGCCCCAGCUGCUGAUUCUGGAACGCGCCUUGAAAGGCCUGACCACCCCCGCGCUGCCCUAUGGCGAGAAGUGGCUCACCCACAAGGCCAUGCGUGCCGCCGUGUUGAAGCCCACCAUGGCGGUGAAGUACCGCGGCAUCCAGGACCUCGAAUCGAAGCAGCUGCUGUUUGACCUUCUGCACAACAAGGAUUUCACCGUGUGCCUGCGUCGCCAUGCAAGUAGUUUGUUUUUGGGCAUUGCUUACGGCCAGCGCUUUCCCGAGGAGACUCCCGAGGUGCUCGAUAUUGACCAAGCGGUGGCACAGCUCGGUGGCAUCUCCGAAUCCAUGUUCCAGGGCACUGCCAUGCUGCGCGAGUUUUUCCCAAUCCUCAAACGCUUGCCGGGAACCGACAAAUGGCUGAAGCAGCUGGACGAAGUCGGUGAACGAUUGACCGAUAUUUAUCUCGCCCGUUUCCGCAGCGGUCUGAAAACAUCGGCAUGGAACUGGACGAAAGAAUACUCGACGAGGCCAGAGGGCAAUGGAAUGGACGAGCUCGAAUUGGCCUUCUGCAUUGGAUCGACAUAUCAAGCAUCGCUGACACCGUACGAAAUUAUCCGCAUCAUCAUGCUGGCUGCCAUCUUCCAUCCAGACCAGGCCAUCAGGCUCCAAAAGGAAAUUGACGACGUCGUUGGUGGUGAUCGGCUUCCCGGUUGGGAAGACAAGGACAAACUGCCCUUCGUCCGCGCUUUCAUCUACGAAGCACUGCGCUGGCAUCCCUUCUCGCCCCUGGGAGCCCCACGCGCCGCUUCCAGGGACAUCGAGUACAAUGGCUAUCUCAUCCCCAAGGAUUCAACAAUUGUUCUCAAUCAGUGGGCCAUGGACCAUGAUCCUAACGUGUAUGAUGACCCGUUUACCUUCCGCCCGCAACGGUGGAUUGAUGAUCCUGAGCUCCCCCACCUGAUCUUUGGCUUCGGACUGCGGGGAUGCCCGGGACAGCAUCUCGCAAGAGACCUCCUCUAUCUCAACACUGCCCGCAUUUUCUGGUCAUACGAUAUCAAGUACCCGCUUGGCCGCGAAAAGGAGAUGGAAGGUCAAUUAGAGGAGCUCAUGAAGCCUCGUGGCGGUGGUUCCGCGUUCAAUCAAGUCCCCCCUUUUGAGGCCUCUGUUACUGUUAGGAGCUCCAAGCGCCGGGCAAUUAUUGAAGAGCAGUGGGCCACUACCGAAAAGGAUGAGCAAAAGAUUCUUGCAGAGGCAAUGCCGCUGGCAAAUGGCGUAUCGGCUUGA